AUGAGUGAUUAUUCAAACGGAGAGGAGAGUGGAUCUUGUGAUGAAGAAGAUGAAGACAAGGAUAGCAGUGAAGAGCUUUAUUCUGAGGAGGAUGAGGACACAGAGGAAAAAGAUGAAAAUGAGGAUGAUGACCCAGAAGAUGACGAUCUCUACAGUUCAGAUUUGGAAGAAGCUGAUGUAUCUGAAUUUAAUAGCUAGCUAAUUCAAAAUCCAAGUGAGGCCUCAAAUCUAAGUUAACUAUCAAAACAAAGCAGGUCAAGCAUAAAAAACUUUACUAAUGAGAAUAAGGUUAUUUUGAAUCCGGAAUAGCAUCAAUUGUCAUAAAAGCUAAAUCUAGCUUAGUUUAAUACUCUUUUAUUAAAAGCAUAGAGAUGCAUUAAUUCUAGCAAGUAAAAGGAAAGAGAUUUUGAUAAUUAGAAAUACUCCUAUCACAAGGCUCUUGGAUAUUACAAAAGAGCUUUGAAAGUAGCUAAUACUGAAAGAGAUAAGGCAAGAGUAUAUUUUUAUACAGGCUAAGCAUACUUCGCACUUGCUGGUGUGUAGUUUGAAUCUGAGUUUAGAGCUAAGUAUAUAUAUCUGUGA